AUGGGCAAUUGCUCCCCUUCCCCGCGCCGCCGCCGCCCGACGGAGCCGGGCUCGCCGCCGCUCGGCAGCACCGUGUCCGCGCCCACCGUGACGGUCAACUCCAUCUCCGUCUCCCCCUACGCGCUCGCCAGAUCCCCCUCCGUCUCCGCCGCGGCGGUGGACGCCGAGGACGCCGGCGUCGUGCGCGUCUACGGCUCCGACGGGUGCCCCGUCGCGUGGCGCCUCCGCGUCUCGCUCCUCUACAAAGCGGCGGCGCCCCUCCACUUCACGCCCUCCGAGGCGGCCCCGCUCGGCCGCCCCGUGCUCCGACUCUCCGCCGCCGACCCGGAGGUCUGCGGCACCGCCGACGAGCUGCUGCGCCUGGUGGACGCGCGGUUCGAGGGCAAGCUGCGCGUCGCGCCGCCGGAGAGGCCCCGCGCGGCGUCGCCGUCGGCCGCGGCCGCGGCGGAGGUCGCCGAGCUGGUGCGGCUGCAGCACCGCAGCGCGGAGCGGCACCUCGAGGGCGUGGCGGCGAAGGUGGUGGAGAUGGUUAAGAAGGGGAAGAAGUCGGGCAAGGGGAGGACCGUUGUGGAGGGUGCCGAGGUCAGGAGGCUCGGCAAGUGGUACGGGGACGCAAUGGAGGUGAUGCUGGAGCACGCAAGGAUGGAGGAGACCCUCAUCUUCCCUGACAUACAGAGGGCAUCGUUUCCAGGGGUGUGCGAUAAGGUUAACGAGCAGCAUGGGAGGCACCUGCCAAUGAUGAAUGGAAUCAAGGAGGAUAUAAAAACACUGCUGACGUUGGAAUUAGGGAGCCCCCUAUUCCAUGAAGUGGUAGUCAACCUCUCGGUUCGCCUCAAAGCGUUGCAGGACCAUACCAAAGAGCACUUCAAGGAAGAAGAGAGUGACCUUCUCCCACGGCUAGAACAAGUACGACGGAUGCAGCGGGAGGAGGGGAAGGUUUCUGACAAGUCUAGUUCCGCAUGGGCUUCUGAAGCGGUAGCUACAAUGGAGAUGACACACUCGAAGCUCUUCCCCUUCUUCAUGACUGGUCUCCUUCCUCAGGAGGCCAUGCAAUACUUGGACCUAGUGUGCCGAUGCACGAAGAACACGCGCCAUCUGGUCUCCAUGCUCAGAUCUCUUGCAGAACGCCUUGAAGACGCGAACCCGUCAAUUAUACACAACAACCCUACCAAACUGUAUGAGCACCUACUUGUAAAGUCCCCAUAA